AUGGAGACAGCAGAAUUGCAGCACAAGCUGAGCCGAAAAGUGGCCCAACUAACGAAAGUUAUUUUUCAUCUCAAUGUGAAACAUGAAGAACAUGAUGCAUACAUCAAGGCCAUCUCCGAGGCCUACGAGAGGGAGGUGGAGUGCAUUGUGUCUGACGUGAAUCAAAAGCUUCAUUCGUGCGUUGAAGCCUUCGAGGAGCAUCGAAAAAACCAGAUCUCUGAAAAGGAACUUGAAGAAGUACUCGAGCAGCUACAAGGCGCAAAGGAAAACAUGGUUGCUGAUGCCCAAAAUUAUCAUCGGCAGUGCCUAGAGGAUGUCACGAAAUGCAAAGAGGAAUACACCGCUCGAGCACGCCUGUUCUCAGAGGAAGUAUGCGAGGCGACGGAAGAAGCGAGACGUUGGACGUCGCAGCUAAAGCAAGCCUUGGGAACUCUAAACGAAAACAAAGAGAAGUUUUUGGAUCUUCACCAGAACAGGGAAUAUGAGAAGAAUCUACAAGAGGAAGUCCGACGGCAACAAGAGCAUAUCGACCGGUUACGAGAAGAGAAAUGUCAGGUCGAAACAGACUUCAAUGCAACAAAGAGUCUCCUCGACCACACACAAAUCGAAUCUGAGAGAAGAUGCAGAGCUCUCGAGGUCGCCCAGGCAAAACUCACUGCGCUGGAAAAUGCCCUUCAACUUUCGAAUAAACACAACGACGAUCUGAAGCAGGCAGCAAAAGAAACGAGUGAAAAAUAUGAACAAAUGAUUAACGAGCUGCAACUCAGUGCCAAAUCCUUAACCGAAGCUCUUGGGCUGAAAAACCAGGAAAUCGAAGAGCUGAAGCAAACUUUGCAAGCAACCGAACGCUCCAGCCACGCGGUCGCCGACGAAAAGAGCAAAGUGGAAAUGGCGCUGAAGGAGAGCGAGGAAAAGAUCACAAUGCUCGGGGACAGAAUCGCGGAACGGGACAAAGAGAUUCACCUCCGUGGGACGGAACUAAUCUCUGAAAUGCAAAAACGGAUAGUGAUUUACGAACAAGAAAUUGAGCAACUGAAGGCGAAGUUGGUUCAGUCUGAAGCAGCCGAGAAGAAAGCUCUACAGGAAAACAAAAGUGGCAUCGAGGAGCUGCUUUCUCUCAAGCGUCAGCGUGACCAAUUGGAGAAAGAGACAGUACCCCGGCUGACAGAGGAAAUGGACCGGUUAAAGAUGGAUCUCGAACAAAUGGACAAAUUGAAGGAGUUGUACGCGGAUGUUGAGCUGAAGAGAGUGCGAAAAGAAGAAGAACUGCAGAAGGUUGAGGAGCGCUGCAGAGUGCUGCAACACGAGAUGGAUGAAACGGCCAGGGCGUACCAUUUGGAAAAGGCAGAGCUGAAGGAUACUCAGAACAAGGCCCUUGAGUCGUUUAUGUUGCAACGCUCGCAACACAAGGAGGAAAUUCGCCAAAUGGAAGAACAGAUAUCCACUCUUCAAAGGAGGGUUGAGGACCAGGAGACAAGGCUCGCAGACACGUCAAAAGACGAGGCUCUCGCACAGAUGCAGAGCACCCUAUCUCAGCUUCAAGGCGAUAUGGAGAAAACCUGCCAGGCGAAAGAUGAACUGAGUUUCCAGUUGAGCUUGAAACAAACAGAAAUGAAAAAUAUUCUACAUGAUCAUGAAGAAGAGGUGCAAAACCUUCGCGUAACCAUCCUGGAACUGAAAGAACAAAGGAAACAGAUCGAGAUCAUCCUGCAGGAAUGUCAGAAAGCGAGCAAACGGGAGGCAGCCGAAGCCUGGGAGAGAGAGCAGAAUUUGCGGAAGGAGGCUGCAAACAUGAAGAGCCGGAUGGAAGAGAUCGAUGAGCGUGCAACUACUCUCGUUGUCAAAGUUCGAGACCUGAAAGAGGAAAAGGAAAAACUUGAAAAAGAAAGUGAAGCGAAAUUGGAAAAAGUGAGGGAAUCUCAUUUUUACGAGAAGCAGCAGUGGAGGAGAGACCUCGAAAAUCUACGAGAAGGAAAUGCUGAAGAGUUGCUGAGGGCACAGAAGACACUAGAAAUCGCGGAGAAGAAACAUGUUGAAAACAUCGAAAAAUUGAAGAGAGAUCAUCGGUCAGAGUUGGACGAGGUGAAACUGGCGCUGCACAAGCAAACUCAGCAGCAGUUGUCUGAACUCAAACAGAAGUGCGAUGCCCAGACAGAGUACCGCGCACAGGCUUUGAAAAAGCAGCUGGAAGCCGCGAGUGCUGCGCACGCAGAGGAGCGGGAAAGAAUGAAGUCGGACAUGAAACAGCAAAUAAUGGCGAUAGAGGCUCAGAUUCGAGAAAAUGCCGAGCGAUUUGAGUCAACAAAGAAAGAGCUCCUUGAGCAAUGUGAACAAAGCAAAAAAGAGUCGGAGGAGAGGAAAAGGACUGUCGAAAACCUUCAGAGCGAAGUGGUUUCUCUGGACGCAACGGUGAAAAAUAUCCGCACAGAGAUGCGAUCACGAGAAAACCGCUACAAUGAGGAGGUCAAAAAGCUUAACGAGGACCACGCGGCAAAGAUUGAUGAUAUUGAAGGGACACAUCGUCAAAAAUGCGCUGCUAUGGAGGCACUCCAUGAACAAACACUGGAAGCGAAAAAGUACGAAAUGGAGUUCUUAGAACAAGAGCACAUGAAGAGUCUCGAGAGAGCAAGAGAAGAGCUGAGCAACCUUCAUUCGAAGCUUCAGGAUCGCCCCUCAAGAGAUGAAGAUGUAAACCUUAUUGCUCUUCUUAAUGACCGGCUCCUCUACUGCGAGAGCCAAAUUGACUAUCUUCAGCAGAAAAUUCAAACGUACAAGCUGGAACUCCUCAACCGGUACAGUCAACGGGCACUGUGGGUUGUCACUCAGUCGGAUUUGCCAGUUCGAAAAAUCAUUUGA